AAACUUCUACGUCGAUGAUUGUCUGAAGUCUGUUGCUAGUGUUGAAGAAGCCAAGGAACUGGUGAAACUGUUGCCUGAAAUGUUAGGUAAAGGAGGUUUACAUCUAACAAAAUGGAUAUCCAACUGUUGGGAAAUCCUAGCACUGAUCCCAGAAGCUGAGCGUGCUUCCUCAGUGAUGAAUCUAGAUAUGGAGAACUUGCCGAUUGACAGAGCUCUUGGCAUUCAAUGGGAUGUUGAAAAGGAUGCCUUUAACUUCAGAAUUGGCGACAGACUGAAAAAAGAGACACACAGGGAGAUGUUAUCCUUCGUGGCUUCAGUCUACGGCCCACUUGGAUUCGCUGCCCCCUUUGUUUUACUGGCAAAACGAAUCUUACAAGAAUUAUGUCGUGUUGGAUAUGGAUGGGAUGAAAAGGUACCAGAAGAUCAACUGUCGAAUUGGAGAGAAUGGAGGAAAAAACUACCUACUUUGAUGACACUAGCUAUACCUAGAUGCUACAAACCAACUGGUUUCAGUCAAAUACAAACAGUGGAACUCCAUAAUUUCUCUGAUGCCUCCUUAGGAGGUUUUGGGGUUGCAUCUUACCUGCGGCUGAUAGAUACAAAUGGUAGAAUUCAUUGCAGUUUGCUGAUGGGAAAGUCCAGGGUCACUCCACUCAAAGCCACGACAGUGCCGAGGCUUGAACUAACAACAGCUACAGUUGCAGUUAAGGUCAGCAGACAAAUUCAAGAUGAAAUUCAACUCCCAAUCCAGAGAACCCUAUUUUGGACAGAUUCAACAAUAGUCAUCCAAUAUAUUCGCAACAUGGCAACACGAUUCCAAACCUUUAUCUCUAACCGCCUCCAGAUUAUUCACGAUGCUUCAUCUCCAUCACAAUGGUACCACGUCAGUUCGGAGUUCAAUCCAGCAGACCAUGCAUCACGAGGAAUAAAAUUGGAUGGUUCUAAUGAGGCAGCAAUAACCACAUGGUUCCAUGGUGCAGCAUUUCUAUGGCAACCUGAAUCAGAAUGGCCAGGCCAACCUACUGACCUACCAGAAAUUGAUCGUGACGACAAAGUGCUGAGAAGAAAGGUCCAAGCAACAACUAUUACCCAGUGCAAUACAAUGGGUACAGAUGUUUGGAGUCGUUUGCUCCAUCAAUAA